AUGUCAGAAGAGAAAUUAAUAGAUCAGCCAGAUUAUUACGAAUUUAUUGAGAAAUCUCGAUCCUUCAGCACAGCCUCCUCGACUAUUUCCAACGAAAUUAUGUCCCGAUAUUGACUCCAUUUCAAGCUAAUGAUGUGGAAGCAAUAUGUUGUCUUUAAGAGAAACUUGAAAUCCACUUUAUUCCAAAUAGGAACUCCUCUUAUUAUCUGUGUUUUUCUAGUUAUCCUUCAGGAAAUUGCAAAUUAUUCAAUAGAGAGCAUGAUAGUAAAAAAUCCUGAUAUAGUAAAUCUCCAUACCACGGCGUUGUUCAAAUUUGUUGGUCUCCUGGCUGAAAGUUAUUCUUUUUCAUUUUUCAUAUGAGGUUUGGCUUCACCCAGCGAGUUUAUUCUGGAAUGGAGGAGCAUUAAGUCCAAUGAUGCAUAGAGCUGGACACCAUUUAAGAGAAAUAGAAUUUUCUAAAAGUGUACCAACAACGCAAACCAUGAAGACUGGGAUCUUUAGAUAGCCAGACGGAUUCAAGUUGGUUUUGUGCAAGAACUGGAAGGACGGCCAUCUUAAGAGUGGAAUAUUGGUAGAAGAAAUCGCAUUGGUAAUAAAAAUGAGUUGGAUUCGAAAACUGGCGAAUUUUAUAGGUAAAAGCACUGAAAAGCGAUGUGGCAGACAUUAUAGUUAAACGGCAAUAAGUAAGUAAAUCUCCAUAAAAUUCCCAAAUGCUGAGGAGAUGGAUGCGUCACUGUAGGCGUUGGGCUGACUAAUGAAGAAGAUGAGUUUACAGAUUGGGUGCUAAGAUAUGUGGCAAAAAAAAAUAAUCUUGAGUAUGGAAAAGAUGUGAAGAUUCUCACAAAGAAUGACCCGAUGAAUUUGAUUAACUACUUGUCAAAAUACGAAAAUAAAACCCAAACAGCAAUUGUAUUGUGCACUGGGCCUUUUAUUUUGCCAUCAAACCCAGUAUUGAAUGGGACUUUUGACUGCAGAGGAAAUGACACAAGCUAUACAGUUAAGAUGUAUAGCAUAAUGGUAAACUCAACUAUUUUGAAUAGCAUGUUUAUGGCUAGCUGAAAUGCGCCUGCACCACUGGAUUAUCCAUCAACUGCAGUCAAAGUUUCUUUUGAUGAAGCAAUUCUGGCUUAUUAUAUUAAUGAAAAAGGGAUGCCUAACUAUGAUAUUCAGCUAGAUGCACAAAGCUAUCCUGAGCCAAAAAAUAGAUAUUUUGAUGGCUAUUCGAUUGUGACUGAAUCUGGAGCAUUUUAUUUUUUUAUUCCACCAAUGGUCACUUUUGUUGUGCUUUUAAGUGAAAUUGUGAGGGAAAAAGAAUAUAAAUUACGGCAUGGACUUAGUAUGGCUGGAAUGGGGCCUUCUGCGUAUUGGCACAGCUGAUUCAUUACUGGGCUUGUUUUUUCGCUUAUAGUGAGCAAUAGCUUAAUUGUAAGCGGACUUAUCUGUGACUUUGACCUCUUUUUGCAUUGCCCUUACCCUAUAAUUUUGAUGCUUUUUACCUUAUUUUCUAUCGCAAUGAUGUUUUUAGCAUUUUUGGUCUCGACUUUUCUGAAAACCACGAAAGCAGCCUACACAGCCUCUUAUGCAUUUAUUUUAAUUGGCUUAGUGCUCCAGUUUUUUAUGUCGAAUAUCUAUAUAAUUUACCUAUUUUAUUCAGAGGAUGUUCCCAACUGGGUAGUUGCCAUUCGCACUAUUUUAGCAUUAUACCCUCCAUUUAAUUUUUCUAAAGCAUUCGGCGAUAUCGCCUUAAAAGCGUCAUCUCAUUACUCAAAUAGUGCUCAUCGUUGGGUAUCUGGUGAUGAUUAUACUUGGCAUGAUUUUGUUAAAACAAUUCAUGGAAAAGUAUCAGGAACUAGCUAUUCAGUUCCCCCCACAAUUGUUACUAUGGUCACUUUAAUAGGAAAUGCCUUUAUGAUAUGCAUUUUGGCUUGGUAUUUUGACCAUGUAAUGCCUAGUAAUAGAGGCUGUGCUGAUCCUUUUUAUUUUAUGUUUACCAAAAAGUAUUAUGGAUGUAAGAGGAAAAAAGUUGCUAAAAAUAUAAAUAUUGAAAUCAAGCAUUAGCAUUAACAUUAAUUAAAGAUUAGGGCUCUUCCCCCUUUUACGUCUCACCCUAGAAGACUCGUUCAACUACUAGCGAACAUCCCUAGGUAUUUCAGCAUUUCCACCAGAGAUAGCUCUCCCAGGCUUUCGGCCUGUUCUUAAUGCUGUCUCGGAACCUUGAAGUAUGCAGGCUUGGGACUUGACGGCUGCUUUAGUAACUAGAGCUUCAGCUAGGAAUAAACUCGGUAGCUAGUAUCAGUACCAACUGUGCCUUCAUCAUCAGCACUAGUAGUCUCUAGAGGUAAAAAGCCUUUUUUCCCAAAUGCCAUCGGGAAGACACAAAGUCUUCAUUGCAGGACAAGGGAGGCAAAACCCAGCCGGAAUACAAAUGCCCAAUAGACUCCAUUUCCUGCUUGGUUUGGCUUCAGGCUACAGCAAGGUCCCCAAACUCGAAACAGAUCCGGGAGAGGACUGGUCGGUGACGUCUCCAUUUUAUUUGUGUUGUUGAAAUCAAGCAAGAUUCAAAUGAUCCUGUUAUGCAUGAAAAAAUAAAAGUAAAGGAACUAAUUGAAAAAAAUGUCCCAGCAAAAGGGAUAAGAUUAAUUGGCAUUGACAAAGUUUUCAAAAAACACAGUUACCCCUCAAAUGAUGAUAUUCAUGCAGUCAAUAAUAUGUUUUUAGAAAUUCCUAAUAGACAGCUAUUGACUUUAUUAGGACACAAUGGAGCUGGAAAAUCUACGCUAAUUAUAAUGUUUCCUAUAGGUUGCCCAAAAAUAUUUUAUAUGCCGAUGUCCUAUUUAGGUCUCUUUAUAGAACAAAAUGUAAUGGAAGUUGAAUGGCCAAGUCAGACUCUAUCAAAGGGAUGAGCUGGAUUUCUAUAGUAUGAAGGGUUAAAAAGUGGCAUGUCAAAAACUGUUGGCAAGCGUGAACAAAGUUGAUAAACAAACGUGCCAAUUUUUUUAAAUGGCUUGAUUAUUAAUUAAUAUUAAAUUUAAGAUACCUUUUAGACUGGCACUGAUAAGUCUCGCCUAUCAUUUGCUAUUUUCUAUCGAAUUAAAUAUUAUUGAUAUAGAUAGGAAGUUAAUUUUCUAGCAUAAUUCCAGAGUCUUUACGGCCUUAAAGGCUACAGAGAUAGCUAAUAGAAAGAUACUUAUGUUUCAAUUAUGAUUGAAACUAUCUAUUAAAAAUUUGAUCUUUGAAGUACAAACAAAAAACCAUAUAAAGAUGGUAUUGCAUCAUAGGAAUUUAUGUUAAUGAAAAUUAAGAGUCGCUAGGACCUAUAAAGUCAGUAAAGAGCACUAAUUAGAGUAACGCUUAUGUUGCAAUUCUCAUCGAAAAUUGUCAAUUAAAAAUUUAAUUUUUUAAAUUCAAUUAAAUACUAUAUAAAAAUGCAAUAAAUUCUACAAAUAAUUAUUUUAAAUAAAAAUUAAGAGCCACUAUCAUCUUUAAACCUUAGAUAGCACUAUUAGAGUAAUAAUUAUAGAGGCUGCCUUUGAGUAGCGCUCUAAGCGCCCGAGACUUCCCGACGAAGUCUGGGCGGUGGUUUGACCAGCUGAUGUUGGUCAAAACCAGCAUCCAAUUUGACAAACCUUCUGUAUGAGAAGAAUUUGUCAUUUUGGAUGUUGGUUUGAUCAACAUCAGCUGGUCAAACCACCGCCCAGACUUCGUCGGGAAGUCUCGGGCGCUUAGAGCGCUACUCAAAGGCAGCCUCUAUAUGUUUAAUAGCAAUUGAAAAUGAUCUAUAAAAAUUUGUCACUAUCACUCUUUAAUACCUUAGAUAGCAUUAUUAGAGUAAUAAUUAUGUUUAAUAGCAAUUGAAAAUGGUCUACAAAAAUUUUUGAAUUUUUAAAUUCUCUAGGAAAGUAAUAUUAAAACUGGAAUUAUAUGUUGUAUUUAGGAAGAUAUCAUAAUUUUAGUGUUUUAAAAAAUGAAGGAAGAAAUAGGUAAUAUACUAUCAGUGCUAGUCUAAUUUAAAAUUAAUUUUAUAUAAAAGGCAUUUUAAAAAUUGGUGCGUUUGCUUGUCAACCAUUUUUUGACACGUCACUUUUUAAACCUUCCUGCUAUAGAGACCCAGCUCGUCCCCCUUGAUAGAGUCUGAUUUGGUCUUUCAAUCUUCUAUUACACCUUUUGAUAAAGAAAUCUAAAAUAUGGGUAUGGGCUAUAUCUGUUUUCACUAGUAAGUCUAUAUAAAAUAGCAUAAUAUUUUAACUGGGCUCAUAAGCUCUUCUGGAGGUACAGCCAAUAUAUGCGGCUUCGAUAUUAACGAAGACAUGGACGAAAUUCGAAAUGUUUUAGGGGUAUGCCCUCAGCAUGACAUAUUGUGAAAUGAACUUACAGCAAAAGAGCAUUUAGUUCUUUAUGGAAGAGUUAAAGGAAUGAGCUAUCCUGCAAUAUAUAAGGAAGCUGAAGAGAUUUUGAAAAGAGUCAAUUUAUUAGAAGAAGCAAAUUCAUUAGUUGGCACUUUCAGUGGAGGAAUGAAGCGUAGACUUUCAGUUGCUAUCUCAGGCAUUGGAAAUCCAAAAGUCAUUAUUUUAGAUGAGCCUACAACAGGAAUGGAUCCAAUUAACAGAAGAGAAGCUUGAAAGUUUAUACAGGAACUCAAACAAGGAAGGGUGCUUAUUCUGACAACUCACUCUAUGGAAGAAGCUGACGUGCUCAGUGACAGAAUUUGUGUUAUUGUCGACGGGGCCAUAAAAUGCAUAGGAACUUCUCUAUAUUUGAAAAAUCAGUAUAGCCCAAGGUUACUUGUAGCUCUUUCUGAGCCUUAUUUAAGACUCCAGGCUCUGUAGAAAAAUUAGCAAAUUGUAAGCAAAGGCAGCAGUUGGUAAAUCACCACUAAAAGCAAGAUAUAAGCAGCCUUAAGCUAUAUGGAGAUGGGUAUAGAAUUACGAUUAUUACAAAAGAUCCCGCUCAGGUUAACGAACUAAUCCAAAAAGUUAUGCCAUCAUCAGUAAAAAUUGACAGCAGCGGAGGAAGCAUUGUAUUGGGAAUUCAUCUAAACGAUAUAAAAGAAAUUGGGGAGUUUGUAAAGCUGAUGGAAACCAAAGAACCUCAUGAAUUCGAGAAAUUGAGAGAAUUGAUUGAUGAUUGGGGUUUAUCUCAUACCACUCUUGAAGAAGUGUUUAUGAGGGUGACAGGCAAAAAGCAAUCAAGACUAAUGAUAUCAUAA